AUGGUUCCCUCAGUGGAUAAACCGGGAGCCCGUCCCCCAGGAUGGGAUCGACCUGAGCUGAUCUAUCUAUCUAUCUAUCUAUCUAUUUAUCUAUCUAUCUAUCUAUCUAUCUAUCUAUCUAUUUACUCUGUACUCUCUUCAUAUCUAUCUAUCUAUCUAUCUAGACAACCAUCACUUUUACCAAUAAUUUUAACGUAUCCUAAAUCUAUAUCAAAUAUCUAUCUAUCUAUCUAUCUAUCUAUCUGUCUUCUUCCUUUCUUUCUAAUUUUAUCACCUCAAUCAUUUACUUUCUCUCUUGGUUCUCUUUACUUUUUCCGUGUCAUUUGGUUUCCAUUAUUAUUUUCCAAAUACGUUUUCCUUCUUUCUGUUGGAUUUCCAUUUUCUUCUAAUAAUUUCCUUUCUUUUCUGUUUCUUUCUCUUUUCCUCAUUCUUGUUUUAAUCUCAUCUUUCUGUUUUCGUUGUUCCUUUUCUCUUCGUUCGGUUUUAAUUAUAUUCUUGCUUUCUCGAUUACCUUUUCUUCUCUCUUUACUUUCCCAUCAUUUUUUUCCUUUUCUCUUCACUUUUUCUUUCUUUUGA